UUCCAGCCCUGCUCAAACAAACUAGUAACACGACUGACUGUACUUCCUUCAAAGCAGUGCUUGAGCAGUUACUCGUAACAACCGUUUUAUUCAUUCUCCAGAAAAAGACAAAAAAAAAAGAAGUUCAGAUCUUGCCAGAGAAUUUAUACUGCAACAUGGAUCGUUCACAUCUGUUAGUCUGGUGAGGCAUCCGACGUUCUUCCUGUGUACUUCAAAGGAAUUCACUCUUAACACUAAAGAACUUUCGAGAAAUUGUUGUAAUCCAGAACGGUAGCAGCUAUGCUUAAACAGAUAUUAGCCGAUAUGUACAUUGACCCAGAACUUCUGGCAGAACUUAGCGAAGAGCAGAAACAAAUUCUCUACUUCAAAAUGAGGGAAGAACAGGUCCGGCGAUGGAAAGAACGAGAAGCAAAGCUUGAACAGAAUGAAGCUACCAACAGAAACCACACAAAAAAGAAAGCAUCUAAGAAAUCUGUAAAUUGGCAGCUCGGUGCCGAUGAGGAAGUAUGGGUCUGGAUCAUGGGCGAACAUGCAUCAGACAAAUCUUAUGAUGUCAUCUGUGAUGAGAUCAUUGCAGAAAGGGCGCGCAACCAAGCCGAAAAAGAAGCCGAAGAACGACGGAAAACACAAGAAGAAGAACUAUCGAGACUCUCUGAGGCCUUGACACUGCAAACACAGAGUGAGAGUGUAGGCAAGUGGAGGAAAAGUGUGGAAAACAAGAAACAUGCCAGGGAGGAAGAAGCCAGGAUGGCAGAGGAGAAGAGAAUUAACGAAGAAAACGAGACCCCAACAGUGAGGACACGGUCAGUUGAAGAAAUACUACGGGAUUUUGCCAAGCAUAGGAAGAAAUACGGACUGCAAAAGAAAAAAGCCAUGGCACUGAAGACACAGGAGAAGGAUAACGAGAGGCUAGAAGAGAGAACGCAAGAAAUUUACAUGAACUGGAAAGAAGCACAGGAGGUGAAACAGAAAUUAGAGAAAGAAGAUCCAGAAUGGCAGGCAUCAUUAAGAAAGUCAAAAGCAGCUGAUGAGCGGAGGCGGUCCAUGGCUAAGCAAGCCCGUGAUGACUACAAAAGGCUUUCAAUGCAGGCCAUUGAAAGAGGUAGUGUGGCAGAAAAGACGAGGAGUUUUGGAGGAGAGGUAAAACGUCCAGGCUUACCACCAAAACCAAAGGUCGCUGGCUCUGGGAAUUGUGGCAUCGUCCGAUCUGACAGGAGACAAGGGGUCCGAAGAAUGAAUUCUAGCUCCACCCGGGAAAACAUUAUUAAAUGGUUUAAGGAGGAGCAGCUACCAAUAUGGAAUAAAACUGGAACUGGCUUUGCAGCAUGGUUUCAUGGCAUCAUCUCCCGAACUGAUUCAGAGGAUCUUUUAAAGAGCCACGGGGCAGGGAGCUUCCUGCUACGCGUCAGUGAAAAAAUCCAGGGUUAUGUGCUUUCAUACCGCUCCGCAGAAGGGUACAGCCACUUUCUCAUAGAUGCUUCUGGCACAUCAUACAGCUUCUUGGGAGUGGAUCAACUGCAGCAUGGAACUCUGGCUGACCUUGUCGAAUAUCACAAGAACGAACCCAUAACUUCACUGGGAAAAGAGAUGCUUCUAUAUCCAGUUGACCAGCGCAGUAAUCCCCCUGACUAUAGCGAUCUUCUAGAAUAGAAAACGUUCUCACCCACUGCCCUCAUUUGCUGAAGAGAACAAAAUCAAUUGACGCCAUGCCUGUUUGAGACGUCGAGACACAAUUUAGAUACGGAGUUAUAAAGUAACUGUGCUGUCUGGGGUGAACAAGUCACCCAAAUGCAGAAACACCGCCAUUUGGACAAUGAAUAUAUGACUAUAUGACACCGAGAGCAUCCAAAGUCACCGGCUGUCUCUAGAAAGACUCAGUCCACCGAAAAAACAUUAUUUUCUAAGGUAAUGAAAAGUGAUCCUUUCUUUGCCAAAAACGUCAUCACAACCGGUAAAAGGGUUAAAUCUUUUUUAAUAUGGGUAAGUGCAGUAAAUGUUGUGUUAAUAAGAAUUUAUAAAAGUACUUUCGUUUAAAAUAAUGUAUGUAAUAAAAAUGCA